CUUGUCAUUAUCGACAAAGUUUUGUGUUGAGUUUUGUAUUCGAACAGAACACAAUAGGCACAAUAUACAUCUUUAGUAUACCAAAUUACGUAGUAUAUCGAGACUCAGGGGACUUUCUCAUGGUUCACAAGUAAAACGUUUCCACGGAUCGCUUAGAUUUUUAGAAAACAAAGUUUUAUUUCUAUAUUAUUGGAAGGUAUUCACUAAAGUGGGGCGUGCCUGCUUGGUCGUUGACUUCUAGUCGACAUAUAAAUUUAUCAAGAUGUCGUCGGCUGAUUGCUGUUUUAGUAUGUGCCAGUCACCCAUACAAGCCAUUAUUCGUCCUGCUAUGUGGUGUCCUGGAAUAAAGAAGCUCCACAGUUCGAAUGAAACAUGGAUUAUCCCAAAUUUAACAGUAGAAGUUUGUGUAGACAAAUUGAUAGAAGCAGUUAACGACUUGGGAGAAAAGGAAAAAAUGCAUGUAAACAAGGUUAACAGAGAAAAGAGCUUUGUACGGAUUUUUAGCUUUACCCCUAAUGAGUGGUUUGAUGUUGUAGAAAUUCAGUUCCAGCCAGGAAGAGAAGAGGGAACAAUUGCAAAGGCAAGAUCAUUUUCAACAGGGUUUCUUCCCACAUGCUGCCCACUUGCAUUAAUUUUUAAUAUGAUCCUAUUUUUUGUGCCAUUUCAUGACCAAGGUGCCAACAAAGCAAGACUGAACAGAGUUAGAUCUGCCAUGAGAGUAGACAUAAAAUUAGAAAGUGAUACAUCACAACCAGCAUAGGAGAACAUUAUCAAUCCUUCAUAGACGUAGUAGAGAUCUAGUUAUUUAACGAGCAAUAAUCGACAAUUUCUCAGUUAGCACCACAGGCAUUACAGAAUUAAAAUUCAUUUAUAAAGAACUGAUUAAAAUUAAGAAGGCAAGAAAAUACAGACAGAAACUUAUCAGGGAAUCGAGACUGGUGUAGCCAUAGUGCUCUCACCUCUGCAUGAGUAAGCUUUUUUUUGGUAUCUCCGAUCCCUUGAUUCAAGGAAAUUUCCUUCAGGUUUGUUAAACUACUCCUUUUGCAAAACUUAACACGCUAAAUUCAAAUUGGAUCUAUCCAGUUCUCUAUAUUAUCAGCAUAAAUUUCAAUCUUUCCAUUGGGAGGGAGUAAGAUAUAGCUAUAGGGCCUGCAGGCAAAAAUGAUUGGGCCUCAUAGAUGCUAUUGACAUAUUAUAUAUCAUUUGCAUUCAUAUCAAGGGAGGGACACUGGAUUAUCAGUAUGAUUUUUUAAAUUAUAACUGUGUUACCCUCUUGAAAUAAUGUUUAAUUCAUUCAUCACUUUCCAAAUUAUCAACCUAUUUUUCUAAAAGCUUCAUCAUACACACUAGUAACUAGUUUUUGCUAAGUGGCAGAUAGUUUUAAAAGUAGUGUCAUAUAUAUGCUUAUAAUAAGUACUAAUAUGUUUUAUUACUUAAUUAAUACAACCUAGCUAUAACUGUAAUUAUUUACUCCAUACCUUCCAAUUUACAUUUUUUCAACAUUAAUCUCAAAAUAAAAAUGAUAUUACUGCA